AUGGAUCUAGACGAGUUUGACAACGUGACUCUGAGGUACAACAUCACCAACUGUCCAUCUAUCGAUGAAUUCCGCAACCAGGGUCAUUGGAACCUGGGAGACUUCCUGUGCAGGGUUUCGUCCUAUGCCCUCUACGUGAACCUCUACUGCAGCGUGUUCUUCAUGACCGCCAUGUCCGUCACACGCUUCCUCGCCAUCGUGUUCCCCGUGCAGAACCUGCGCCUGGUCUCAGAGCGUCGCGCCCGUCUGGUGUGUGUCUGUAUCUGGGUGUUCAUCUGCACUGUCUCCUCCCCCUUCCUCAUGACUGGUCAACAUCUCCACCCAGCCACCAAUAAGACCAAGUGCUUCGAGCCUCCAGAGCGCAAAACAGGGGGCGGGCUUAACAAGCUCAUCAUGCUCAACUACUUAUCAUUGGCUGUGGGCUUCGUCCUUCCCUUCCUGGUCAUCCUGCUGUGCUACGUCGGGAUCAUUCGGGCCCUGCUGUCACGGCAACAUACUGCACAGCGCCAGAAGGGGGCAGGGUCUAAGGCUAUCCGAAUGAUCGUCAUUGUGAUGCUGGCGUUCCUGCUGUGCUUCAUGCCGUACCACAUCCAGCGCUCCGUCCACCUCAGCUUCCUGUCCCAGACUGCCACUUCCUGUUCAGAGCUGGUGUACAUGCAGAAGAGUGUGGUGGUGACACUCUGUCUGGCUGCCUCCAACUCCUGCUUCGACCCCCUGCUCUACUAUUAG